CUCCAAGUCCAUGCUUUUGUGCUUGCACAUACAGUCACAGGAGAGGAGGUGGACAAAACAAAGCUACGAUUUUUAGGGGGUUUACCACCCUCGCCUUCUGCCUAACCAAACCCACCUUUUCUGUCUUGAAGCUAUUAUUGUCCUGAGAGCUGAGUGAGCAAAAAGAAGAUGGGUGGGGGGAAUCAAGAGGCAAUCAAGCAGUUGCAGUCCCUGAUGGAAAAUGUGGACGAUGAGCAGCUGAAGAACACAUUCCAGAAUAUGCACCAGGGUUAUCCAACUGAAACGUUAAUACGGUUUCUCAAAGCAAGGGAUUGGAAUGUUGCCAAAGCCCAUAAAAUGUUAAUUGAUUGUUUGAAGUGGAGAGUGGAAAAUGAGAUUGACAAAGUUUUAGUGAAGCCUAUCCCUGCAGAUUUGUACAGAGCUAUACGGGAUUCUCAACUCAUGGGAAUGUCUGGUUACUCAAAGGAGGGUCUACCAGUCGUUGCUGUUGGUGUUGGGCUCAGUACAUAUGAUAAAGCAUCUGACAAAUACUAUAUACAAUCACACAUCCAAAUGAAUGAAUAUAGAGAUCGAGUGGUCUUGCCAAAAGCUACAAAAAAGCAUGGACGAUACAUCGGCACCUGUUUGAAAGUCUUGGAUAUGACUGGUUUAAAAUUUUCAGCACUGAACCAAUUGAGGUUGUUGACAGCUAUAUCUACAAUAGAUGACUUGAACUACCCAGAAAAGACAGACACAUACUAUAUUGUUAAUGCACCAUAUAUAUUCUCAGCAUGUUGGAAGGUUGUAAAGCCUCUUUUACAAGAAAGAACAAGGAGGAAAAUCCAGGUGCUGCAAGGUUGUGGGAAGGAAGAAUUAUUGAAGGUAAUGGAUUAUGCAUCCCUCCCACACUUCUGCAGAAAAGAAGAUUCCAAGUCAUCCAAACACAAUGCAUCUGGAAACACUGAGAAUUGUUUCUCCUUCAAUCAUGUCUUCCAUCAACAACUCUACAAUCACAUCAAGCAGCAAGCUAUCAUUAUGGAGUCAAUCUCACCAAUCAGACAAGGGUCCUUCUAUGUAGACAUACCAGAGCCAGACCCUGAUGAUGCCAAAAUAGCCAAAACCAUAGAAACCGAGUUGCACAAAUUGGAGAAUCAUAAUGGCUUUAACAACUCAUUGAAUGGUGUUGCAGUUAAUGGCCAUUGAAAGCUAAGCUAGUACACUGGUUUUUUGGCCUCUCCUGAGCCACUUUUAUUUGUGGUCCCUUUUGGAUAAGGAGGGCUAUACUUGUUCUUUAUGAGGUUACACCCGGUUAUUAGAUUUAAUAUUGUAAUGUUUGCAUCAUCUCGAUGCAAAAUUCUUCAGAGACCUUAAUCUAAUUUCUAUGCCCACCUUGGCAUAAUGAGCAUAUGAUAUUUGUUCAAUGUAGAAAAGAUGCCAUCAUGCUACAAUUUCCA